AUGAACAAUGAAACCACAACCCUGAUAUCCUUGAAGGAGGCAAUGAAAAGAGUAGACCACAAACUCCAAGCUUUAGAAGCACACUUUAAAGAACUGGACUUCAUCAAGGAUAAUCUGAAACAGAAAUUUGAAGAUCACAGCAAGACUUUGGCAAACCAGGGAGCCCAAGAUGAGCUAUGGACAGCAGUUCUGUCACUCAAGUUCACUUCAAUGGAACUGAAUAUUUUAUACAGCUACGUCAUUGAAGUACUUGUCCACUUGCACACUCGUGUGCUUGAGAAGCUGCCAGAUCUGGUGAGAAGUCUUCCCACCUUAGCCUCCAUCCUUAGACAAAAAGUCAAGAACAAGCGCAUCAGAGUUGUAUGGGAGUCUGUUCUGGAGGAGUAUGGGUUGCAAGAAGGAGAUAUCACAGCACUGUGUAUCUUCUUUGUAGCACAUGGUAACAAGGCAGAACACUACAUUGCAAAAGUAAGGCAGAUGUAUAUAAGAGAUAUCAAUUUCAUGAUCUCUAAUAUGGUAAAGAACCAGGCUCUGCAGGAUGGUUUGCUGAAGGCUAUUCAGGUCAUUGAGAAGGGGAAAGCAGAGACGGCCCCCAAAGAGAAAAAGUCACCCCUAAAAGAGUUGAUACCACCAGUCAAAAGCUAA